AUGAAAGGCGUUCAGAUUCUUGGGGACAUCACUUCCCCGAAGAUCACCACUACCACAUCAUUGACCAGGCCCGUCCCAAAGAAUGCCGAGAUUCUAGUUCGCGUUUAUGCUGCUGGUGUCACCGGCGACGAGGUCCUAUGGCCCGAACUCUACCAAACCGCGACGCGAAUCCCGGGCCACGAAAUAUCAGGCGUCAUCGCCGCCCUAGGGCCUGACUAUGACGGUUCUCUGGAGAUUGGUCAAGAUGUCUUCGCGUUCAUCUCGGCUGACCAAGGCCAAGGUCAGGCCGAGUACGCCAUUUGCUCCUCAAACGAGGUUGCUCCAAAACCGAAAUGGAUAUCUCACCAGGAAGCCUCGGCGCUGCCUAUCCCCUUACUUACAGUAUGGGAAGCGAUGGUCGAUCAUUCAAGUCUCAAGCCCGGUAUGAGAGUGCUGAUCACCGGGGCAUCGGGUGCUGUCGGUAGCAUUGCCGUUCAGCUGAUGACCCAGGUAGCCGGAGCCCACGUCAUCGGGCUAGCUUCACCUCGGAAUCACGGGAAUCUGAGAGAGCUCGGGGCGCAAGAGACGUUCGACUACAACGCAGAAGGCUGGGAAACAAGCAUCGACGAUGUUGACGUCGUCUUUGACACCGUUGGCGGGGAAGUUCUGAAGAAGUGCUGGAAGACUGUGAAGGCCGACAGUGUCAUCAUUACAGUGGCGGACCCGGCACCGAACUGGGCUUUUGCGCGAUGUCGACCAACAGAGUCUGCGAGCCACCCCGGGGUCCGAUAUGUCUAUUUUAUCGUCUCUCCCAACUCUGAAAGAUUGUCGAGAGCAUCCCAAAGGAUCGAUGACGCGUCUGCCAAGCCUCUCGUUGUGACGGUGUUCUCUGUUGAUGAGGCGGCCGAAGCGUGGGAAGCCGCCCGACAGAGGGGACGAGGGAAGAAGGUUGUGAUUUCCUUUGAAUCUUAG